UCCUGGGUCCGCAGAAACAAGUGACCCCACCUCCCCAACUGCGGCACGGCGAGCCCUGCGGAACAGCGGGCUGAUACCGCAGGGUGGGCCCGGUGGGCGGAGCCUGGCCUCGCCCCGCCCCUCGGCGGGGGCUCCUCGUGCGGUAGCGGCUCCCCGCGCCAGUCGAGCGGAGUCGGCGCGUCGUGGGAGCUUGCAGGUUUCUUCCACCCCGUUCCAUCUCCCAGGACAAAGAUGAAGUCUACCAUCGGCAUCGCUGUCCUGGUGACAGUGCUUCAAGUUGCUCAGUGCCAGAACAUCAAGAAGAUGGAAGCCUGCAUACGGGACCAGAACCUACAGUUGGACUGUCGCUACGAGAACAAGACUGACAACCCCCUGAGUUACGAAUUCCGCAUGACCAAGGACACCCGGGCGAUGCGCACAGUCGCCGGCAAUAUUGGCGUGCCCGAGGCCACCUUCAAGAACCGUGCCAACGUCAGCGUGCACAGGAAUCUGUUGAGCCUCAACAUCUAUGGGUUCACUGCUGCAGACGAAGGCACUUAUGUGUGCCAUCUGAAAAUCACCAAUGACUUACCUGGCCCCCAGACUAGGAACAUCACGGUUGUCAAAGACAGGCUAGAAAAAUGCGCCGGAAUCAGCCUUCUCAUCCAGAACACGUCGUGGCUCCUCCUGCUGCUCCUGUCCUUGCCUCUUCUGCAAGCCGUGGAUUUUGUGUCCCUCUGAAGAUGGAGCAAGAAGCAAGCGAAACGGGGGGAGGUGGUGAGAAGGGGCAGAAGUAAAAGGGGGCAGGAAAGAGCUGAGAAGCACACAAACGAACACCCACCACCGGAGCGUGGCCCUUUUCACGGGAAAGAGUCAGCCACUAGGGACGAUGGUUUGAAACCUUACCCCUCAUUGUAUCUUCAUAUUAUCUCUCUCUAUAUAUAUAUCUCUAUAUAGCCGCAUAGCUAACAAAAGUGACUGAUUUUGCGCUGACCACUACAUCGCACUGUUGCAUACAAGCAAUGCAUUGCGGGGGGGUUGCAGUCGAGGGAGGGGGGAUCCCAUGCAAGCAUGACAGCGGGUUUUGUGUGUGUGUGGCAUUGCUUUUUCUCCAUGCCAAUUUUUGCUGUUUUGGGUUGCUUCUGUCCCCCACGCGAGCGAGGUGGCAGAGGAGCCGCGCCCACAGAGCUCGCCUCGCCUUCUCCAGCUAAUGUCUUCCAAAUUUAGGUCAGUUGCCAGACCAGAGACUCGAGGAAAAAGAGGGGAUUCGAAUGAAGCCGGGUGUCUUUAAAGGCUCAAAAUCAGCAGUGUAAAAAGAGGUGGAUCAAAGUUUAGCUCUUCAGGGUGGGAAGGAGACAUGUUCAUUUUACAGAUGCGUCUGAAAUGGGCAGACCUGACUAUCAGGAGCUUUGGUGGGUGUGUGCAUCAGUCUAGGAUUUGGUAAAGUCUGUGGGUGGUCUUUGGGAUAGGGCCCACCUGUCUCAACCAAAGACAGACAGGGAGGUUUUUUUUUUUUAAAGGUGUGCUAAUUCAGCCAAAUAAAUUAUCACUAUUGAAUUGAUAGCAAGACACCCUGUCGCGUACGGGAUGGCAUAACCUUGGGCCCCCAAAACCCUCCUUGUAUAUGGAAUCCUAGACUUCUGCUACAGGCCCUUUUGCUCAGUGGUUCCCUUUUCAAGCUGCAAGAGUUCUUGGGUUCACCCCACCCAUGCCAGCGGCAACCAGUUUUUUAGCACGACUGCAAAGCCCCCUUUGAGGGAAAGACCGAGUCACCUUCGCUCUAGAAGUUUGGCGAGAAUAAGUAGGGUUCCUCCGCUGCAGUCCCUGGAAGAAUGGGAAAUGUUCACAUGCUCUCGUGGAUCAGUAUUUUCAAUAGCUGGUUGUCUCGGGCGAAAAGAUGAGGUAACAAGGGAAGAAAGAUUAGUUGCUUUUUCAUGUUGGCCCCAAAUGGCUUACUCUGGUAUUUCAGAGCCAGGCAGGCUGGGAAGAUGUUCGUGGACUGGCCCCUUUUGUGGUAGCAUCUCAGAACCAUGGGCACCUUGCUGGGCUCCAGCAUUCUGAACAGGCCUCACUUUGAGGGCCACCCACAAAACAGAGCUCACUUGGUGACAGGAUAGAGGUCCAGGAGCAACCAAUCCCUGAACUGGGAAUUUUUAAAAAAGUGUUUAUCCUUUUUUUCUUAAAGGGGGGGCAAAUAUACCCAGGUGGCAUAUAAUUUGCUCAGUAAGAAAUCAAGCCAUUCCUGGCCCAUGAUUGCAAUGAGGCUGCAAUGUUUGAGCAUGUCCGUAUUUGAUUAAGAGUGCAGUCAAAUAAACAUAAUUCCAUACAAUAAACCAAACAAGAGGCCCGUGGCACCUUAAAGACUACCAGAUUUUGUAGUGAGCAUUUCUGUGAAUCCAUGCUCGCUUCCCCAGAUCUUCUGGAAUAAACCUUGCUAGUCUUUAAGUGAUCACUUGAUUUCUUUUUUUCCCCUUUUUGUUGUGUGUAUUCACACACACCCAAAAUCCAUUGGCCACCCCUAUAAUUUCUAGCUACAUGUCUGGCUUUUGAGGAGAGAUAAAAGACAGAAUCCCAAAGCUGUGUGUUUUGAAAUGUACCUACUGUGGUUGCAAAUUUUGAGAGCCAGAAUAGUGUAGUGGUGAAGAGCAGUGGACUCUAUUCUGGAUUCCCCAAUCCUCCACAAGUGGUGGACGCUUUAUCUAGUGAACCAGAUUUGUUUCCCCACUCCUACAUUCCUGUUGGAUGACUUUGAACUAUUCACAGUUAUUUCAAAAACUCUCUCUGCCUCACCUACCUUGCAAGGUGUCUGUUAGAGGGAAAAAAAGGAAAAGGAGUUUGUAAGCUGCCCUGAGACUCCUUGCAGGAGAGAAAGGCGGGAUAUAAAUUCAAACUCUUCUCUUCUGUUUUGUUUUGAUGCCCCAGGUUGACUGUGUUGGCCCCUCACUGAGCAUUUCCAUCUUGGACUUGCCCCUGAUAAAAUAUUCCAUGGAGAGAAACCUUCCAUUUUGUGCAGAAUGAAACAGUCAGUCAAGGUUUGGAGACAGUUCUUUCUUUAGAGCACUUUUCUAUUGCCUUCUCUCCAAGGAGCGGUACACAUUGUUUACUCCUCUGCCAUUUUAAUCUUCCAACAACCUUGCGAGGGAGGAUGGAUUGACCGACAAGUCCAAGUUCAUCCAGCAAGCUUCUUGGCAGAGCUGGGAUUUGAAACUGGGCCUGCCAGAUUCUGCGCUGACACUGUAGCCCCUAUCCCACGCUCCCUCCAAAUAAGUGGAAUAAACCUCUGGAAAUUAGUGGGUCACCUUGGAAACCAAACUGUUACCUGGUUGAUGAAUAAGCAGCAUGUGUCAUACAUACACUGUUGCACUACAAAGAGCCAUAGCCACUUCUCAACCUAUUAUCUCAGUGAAAGGUUUGUACCUAAUUCCAGGAAGUGUUUUCCUUUCAUAGAACCGUUUUUCUUUAAUUAAAGGAAUGGCAUCUUGCAUUCCUAGUCUGCAGAUCUGUAAAUUGCCCAGGUAAUCUGUGGCAAAUGGACCGCUUUUGGGCAACUAGAGAAAUCUUCCGACAGUUACCAUCUUAUCUUCAACCGUCAUUUAUUCUGACGGCUGUUUGUUUGUGGCCGAGCAAGUCAAGAUGUCUGAAAGGCAUCUCCACCUUGCUGGAAUACUGGUUUUCUUACUCAACCAGUUUUAGCAUUAAUGAGUAAAGUUAUGAGCUGUUGUCUCUACAACCAAUACAAUAGAGAACUGUUUUAACACCGUUCAAAAGGGACUGUCUCACUCCCUGUGAGGUUAGAAAUAAAGUGCCCUAGGAUGAAAGCACACAUGGUAACCUCUUUAUAAUGUGCUGCAGUGAGGGUACUAGGUGGGAGUUGUUGAAUUAGCCGUUGGGUAUGCCAGUUGUGAACGAGCCAGGAACGAUUUUGUCUGAAGCCCCAGAGACAUAAGUCAGUUAGGAUCUAUCAGGCGCACCUCCAGAGAAGGAAAUUCCAUUAGUGGAUCCCGGUGAAGUGUUAAAGGAUCUCCUCUGGAAAUAGGAAAGGGAGAUUUCUUAGAGCCAUUGUAGGGGUGAAACGCUAGUAUUGUUAAAAGUGUUCAUAGCCAGCCUUUCUCAGAUCAUAUUGGUUCUUCUCUAGGGAGAUUUUGGGGUGGUCCUCCAUGGUUUGGCCCUAUCCUGCCAAGCUGUGUUUUACGCUGAGAGGCACAUAGCCCCACCGCUGCCUCCCUGCUCUUAGCGUCUUGCAUCAAUCCUUGGCUUUCUCCCCAAUCACCUGGAUUUUACUGCUCAGGUACUGGCAACGCCUCUCGCCAUCCAUCUUCUAGCUCUUGAUUUUGACAGUAAACGCAAACGCGGAGGAUCGAGGCCUUCCUUUGGCUGGGGUGGCAAGGAAACCGAUCCUAGCGGCCAUUGCUGCUCUGUAUGUCCUAGUCUUGUUUUGUGAACAUUUGUGGAGUGCUUUUCCACAGCUUGCGGUAAAAAGAAAAAUUCUGUUAAAGGCCAAAAAAAAGAGAGAAGUUCAUUGCACACAAUAAAUCCUUAGAUUGUUUGUUGA